AUGGCCAACGUUGCUGCACCACGCAAGCUAUGGCAGAAUGCUGAUCCGACGCAAACAAACAUGGACAAGUUCCGUCGCCAGGUUAACUCGAAGCGACGACCUGCGAUGAAGGACUAUGCAGAACUCCAUGCAUGGUCAAUAGACCCUCGUACAGCAUCCGACUUUUGGGCCGACCUCUUUGAAUUCGAAGGCCUCGCGAAACAUGCGCUGCAUAUCAAAGGCUCGGUGCUGCCGCAGGGAGCAGCCAUGUUUCCGCCGCCGCAUUUCUUUCCCCAAGUCCGCAUGAACUUCGCGCAGCAUUUGUUGAAUGUGGACUCCUUGAAUCCCAUUGUUAUAUACGCCGUGCCUGAAGGAGCAAAGGCCGUACGAGCUAUCACGCGGCAAGAGCUACGUGAACAGGUCACGGUGAUAGCGGACGCUCUGAGGCAGGCUGGUGUGAAAAAGGGAGAUCGCGUGGCAGCCGUCAUUUCCAACUGCUUCGAGACCAUUGUGGCUUGUCUGGCCACCUUGAGCAUUGGGGCACUGUGGUCAACUUCAUCACCAGACAUGGGUACAGAGGGCAUCAUGCAGCGGCUCGAGCAGAUCGAGCCCAAGAUUGUCUUCUUCGAAUCUUCUGUGCAUUACAACGGAAAGCUGCGCUCCUUGACCGAGAAAUACGAACAAUGCCUAGGCCGGCUUCGAAAGGUGGCUGAUUUCAAACGCGCGGUGCUGAUCAUUCGCGAUGAGCCCUAUUCCAAGGAACAACCCGACAGCACGACCUGGGAUCGCUUCUUGAGCACAGCAAAGGGCCGUCCACUGACUUUUGAACAACUGCCUUUUAGUCACCCUGGAUUUAUUGUAUAUUCUUCUGGAACGACCGGCGCCCCCAAAUGUAUAGUUCACAGUGCGUGUGGACUCCUGAUGCAAGUCAAGAAAGACUACCUUCAUCUGGAUGUGCGUCCAGGCGAUACAGUGUACCAAUAUACUACGACUGGAUGGAUCAUGUGGGCAAUGGUUCUGUGUGGUCUUUCCUACGGAGGCAGUGUAGUCGUAUAUGAUGGCUCUCCGCUGUAUCCGGACCCGUUGGUCACCCUUCGCCUGGUGGAGAAGCUGAAAAUAUCCUUGUUUGGCACAUCUGCCAGAUUCUUGACCGAUCUACAGGAGAGAAACAUUUGCCCUAAGCAAACCAAUGAUCUUAGCAGCUUGCGAACUGUAUCUUCGGCGGGCUCCGUCCUUACAGCAAGGGUAUGCGAAUGGUUCUACGAUGCCGGGUUUCCUGACACAGUGCAUCUUGUGUCUGGCAGUGGUGGCACAGACUUGGCAUGUUCUCUCGUCUCUGGAGAUCCCACCAGUCCUGUCUACUCGGGAGAGAUUCAAGCCCCCGCUCUGGGGAUGGCGAUUGACAUACUCGACAGCGCCAAAGAUCACCCCAUCUCUCUCAUGAAUACUGGAGUGCCUGGCGAGUUGGUUUGCCGUCAGCCAUUUCCGUCCGAGCCUGUCGAGUUCUGGGGCACAGAUGGGAAGACUAAGUAUCAGAAGGCAUAUUUCGAGCGAUUCGGAAACAAUAUCUGGACCCAAGGCGACUUUGUUUCGUCGUCGCCCAUAACAGGCGGUUUCACCAUGUUGGGCAGAAGGUCAGUCUUUCAGGACGGAGGGAAACCGUUUCCUUCGUCAACAUCCCCAGGCUCAAGUGGAUCGUUGGUACAUAUGCUGACCGAGGAAAUACAAUCCAGCGAUGGUGUGCUCAAUCCCUCCGGUGUACGAUUCGGCUCGGCGGAAAUCUACCAAGCGAUUGAGAAAUUCACAGAGUUCGAAGAAACCAUAUGUGUCGGUCAGCGUCGUCCCCAAGAUAACGACGAGGCUGUGAUUCUGUUCGUCAAGAUGAAAGACUCACAACAUUUGACAAAAGCCCUGAUCGUCUCCGUCCGCUCGGCCAUCUCGACUUCGCUGAGUCCUCGCCACGUGCCAAAAUUCAUUUUCGAGGUUCCGGAGAUCCCUUACACCAUCAAUGGCAAGAAGAUUGAACUUGCAGUCAAGCAAAUUGUCUCUGGCCAAGUCAUCACGCCAUCAGGGGCCGUGAUGAACCCCGAAAGCCUGAAAUUCUUUGAAAGAUUCGCCCACGACUCGUACUUGAAGCAGCAAGUGGAAGAGCCAAAAAGCCGGCUUUGA